AUGUUACUCGCAUUUUUCCUUCUCCUGGGCCUUUCAACAGCCCUCGCGGCUCACAAAUCUCGUGAGUUUCUUUUUCGUUGCGAAAUCCAAUGUUCGUUGCGAAAGCCAAUGUUCAGAUGCGAAAAAGGUCGCAGAGCGGCUUUUUAAAAAGAAUCAUACCCCCUCCUCACACAUUGAAAAAUCGCUGGCAAAGGGAUCCGUAGCGCAGCAGGUUGUGUGCCUGUCUACGGCCCAGAGGGUCACAAGUUCUAUCUCCGUUGCGGGCCUAUCAUGGGAUUUAAGAAAUGUUGGUUUUGGGCGACCACGGCUUCAUAAUCCCCAGUACACACAAGGACAGAUACUUCACUAGAGCCGGUCCACUGAUUAUUCAUGACAUCAGGUUAGGACUCUCCAUCAUCGACUCCAGACGCCGGCUUCGCUCAAUGGCGGUAGUAGAGGAAUAGUAGAAUAUUGAGCAUAUUCUCGAUCAAACCUAAGGCCUUAUACGAGGGAUAAUUUAUGAGAAGAACAAACAAAUAUGUGUCUGGUUGAAGCAAUUGAACCGCUUCGUGUCUAAAUCCAUUUUCAAUUCGAAGUCAUGGGAAACAAAAAAGCAUUUCCAGACAAAUGUCCCGACGACACGUGGACGAUGUUUGCGCGUACAGGAGGGCGUUUUUGGUGCAUGAGGGUGUGUUUGAAACAAAAAAAGAAGCGAAAUUGAGAAAGAAAUAGAUAAUGAAUGAGUUUCAAUUCCCUUCAAAAAAAUCAACGAUAUAUAUUCCAACGAGUUUUUACUUACUUACUUACUUAGAUACUUAGAUGGUCCAUCUUCGCUUUCGAUCUUUUAUUGCCUUUUAUUGAUCGAAGCGUGGACCACACGUUUUCCAGGAGGUCUUAUGCAAUCGGUCAUCCAGUGUUGUCCUGGUUGACUGGUAUUCUUGCGAAAAAGUUCCAUCCGUGGUGUUGAACGUGUUAUAGCAUAAUUUUGGUCUGAUUAUCCUUUUUGCCUUGCCAGGGCUAAAAAAGACCGCCCAUUCUGUUAGCAGAAGCAAGCCGAACUGCGUGACCGGUGUACCGUUAGCCGCCAUAAAUGGCGUUGCCUCCCCAUCACCGCGUAGAGGUGGUACUUGAACGAGUUUUUACUGUUUAAAAAUUAGAGUUUUAAGUGAAAGGAAAAAAAAUACUUUAUGCAACUUAUGUUCAGUUCUAUCACGGAAAGCUGAACAGAAACGAUGCUGAAUACGCAUGCCGGAGCCAUGGAGCGAACUUGACUGGAUUUGAAAACGAAAACGAAUUCGUCUUCCUUCGCGGUAAAGUCAUAUGAUACAAGGUCUUUAGCAAUGAUUCAAACAGAUUUUUUCGACGUCUUUCGAACCAAAAUUUGCGAAAAUGAUCAAAUGAUCAUUGAACUAAUAUGGCAUAUCAAAAAAAUCUUUCUUGUCUUUUGUAAAAAAAAUAUCAUAGUAGGCUCAGUAUGAAAAUAAAAUUAUUUUAGCUUCUGAAGAGCAAGUUUGAUAUAAUGAGAGUAAAAAAUAGAUGUUAUUUUUUUUGUAGAAAAGUGCACAAAAGCCCAGCUUUCCAAUUUCCAACUACUUUUUCCCACUUCUAGAUACUGCUCUACGAGAAUUCGCCCAGUACAAUCUGCCUAAAGGAGGAUCUUACUGGCUCGGCGGAAUCCGAAAUUUGAGUUGUUAUGGACCAGGGAACAACGGCUGCAACAGCAUGAAUGUUUUGUCAGAAGACCUUAUCACGAUUCAGCAAAAAUUUUGAGGCUUUCAUGUGGGGUAACGAUCUGACACAGGGGACUUUCGCGUUCACAAAAUGGUCUGAAAUGUACUCGGAGCCGAAUAAUGCCAUUCACAAGUUUGAUCACGCAGAUCCAACUUGGACUGAAUUUUUGGUUUCAGCGGCGAGAACGAAAAUUGUAUGCAGGGAGUCUUGUUCUACGAAUAUCCGAACCUCAACGGCAAACUCAACGAUUAUUUGUGAGUUCCUCAACUCUCUACUUUCACGCCUUUUAAAUUCAAGAUGUUCGCUAAACUUCUCAUGGAGAUCGGAUUUACCUAUGUACACUCCCUACGGUUAUUUCUGUGGAAGAACGGCUACGAGAGUCUCUAGGCACUCAGAGGAAAAAUAUUGUUAGUUGCUUACUACUUCAAUUGAAAAUAAGUGUUUCAGGUUCAUCGGAAGAAGACAGCCGUGGACGGGAUCGCUCCCAAAGACGCCGUUUAUAAUUUAUUGAGAAAAUUAAAAAAAAAAAAACUUUCAGGCUCAUCGAGAGGAAGAAAUAGUCAUCAUUCUUCUGAAGCGCGAAGAAGACCUCGUCAUCAUUCUUCUGAAGAGCGAAGAAGACCUGGCCAUCAUUCUUCUGAAGAGCGAAGAAGACGUGGUCGCCAUUCUUCUGAAGUAG